AUGGAGCCACCAGCCAAACGAUUGUUUCUCAUAGUUGGCGAUGGGUUAAGAGCUGAUAAAACAUUCCAACGGUUGCCUGAUCCCGAUACCGGCAACAGCACGUACUUGGCACCUUACUUGAGAAGUUUGGUGUUGAACAAUGCUUCGUGGGGGAUCUCCAAUACUCGCAUGCCCACUGAAUCAAGACCAGGACAUGUAGCAAUGAUUGCAGGGUUUUAUGAAGAUGUAUCUGCGGUUACGAAGGGUUGGAAGGAAAACCCUGUGGAAUUUGACUCUUUCUUCAACCAAUCAAAACAUACGUAUCUGUUUGGAUCUCCAGAUAUCCUUCCUAUAUUCUCUGUUGGAGAUAAAGUUGUUCCCGGGGUUAUUGACUGUCAUAUGUAUGAUCAUACUUUUGAAGACUUUACGUCUUCUUCAAUUGAAUUGGAUAAGUUUGUAUUUGAUCAUUUGGACUCAUUGAUGGACAAUCUGACCACCAAUCAAACGUUACAUGACGAAUUGAUGCAAGAUGGUAAUGUCUUCUUCCUUCAUUUAUUGGGUCCAGAUACGGCAGGACAUGCAAAGAGACCUUAUUCCCCAGAAUACUACAAUAAUAUAAAAUAUAUAGAUCAAAAAUUGGAGUCCUUGAUUCCUCGGAUCCACCAGUUCUUUGGUGACGAAGAUACUGCUUUUAUCUUUACUGCUGAUCAUGGAAUGUCGGAUUACGGCUCUCAUGGUGAUGGUCAUCCCAAUAACACCCGUACACCAUUGAUUGCAUGGGGUGCAGGGAUUAAACAACCACAAUGGCUUAAUUCUGCCGUACAAAGAGAUUUGCAAGAUCCAAUUGCUAGUGGAUAUGAAUCAACGUAUUUCGAUACUUGGAAUUUCGACCAUUUGGUAAGAAAUGAUGUGAAACAAGCAGACAUUGCCCCCUUAAUGGCAUAUUUAAUUGGUGCAAAUUAUCCCGCAAAUUCAGUGGGGGAAUUGCCUUUAGCUUAUCUUGAUGCCAAUGGAACUACUAAGGCACAUGCGUUAUACAAAAAUGCCUUAGCCGUUGCAGAGCAAUACGUAAUCAAGGAAAUGGAAGUUCAAAGUCAUCAUUUUAGGUUCACCGAGUUUAAAGCCUUUGACGAGAACCCAAUCAUUGAUCAACAGGAAGAAAUAGAAGCUUUACUUGGAACGUUGGAUACUAUGGACCUUAAUGACUUGGAAAGAUCUACUAUGGAAGUGGAUACUAUAGUGAAGAUUGAACAGUUGAUGCGCAACAGUUUGGAAGGAUUAGAUUACUUACAGAAAUAUGAUUGGCUAUUCUUGAAGUCAAUUGUUACCUUUGGAUUCUUUGGGUGGAUUUUCUAUUCAUUCAAACUCUUUCUUCAAUUGUUUGUGAUUCCAGAGAGUGAACAGAAACCCACUCAACCCAGUAUGAAAUUAAAGGUGGUGUUUAUAACUUUAGGAGUUGGAAUUAUGGCCUUGUUGCAAUACCAAAACUCUCCAUUUAAUUACAAGAUUUAUGCUGCUUUCCCCAUAUACUUCUGGUACUAUAUUAUUGCAGAUUUACAGUCGGUAAUGAUUUUAGGUAUUUCUCGUUUGUUUCGGGGUAUCAGUCCUGCUCAUAGACUUGCCAUUAUCUUAUCAUUUGUGUCCAUGUAUGAAGGCAUUGCUUAUGGGUUUUUUGAAAGAUACAUGUUCUCCAUAAUUUUUGUUUCCAUUGGUCUUUAUCCUGUUUUCUUCCACACUGUCUCCUUUAGCUCCAAAUUAUUAUGGUUUAUUUCUUGUUGUUUCAUGUGCAUUUUCACCAACUUAAACCCAGUCAAAGUUGAAAGUCUUUUUCAAAUUAAUGCUGGUGUUGCUGCUAGUUUAAUUGUGGCAGUUGUGGCAUUCAACAGCAUUUAUAAUAAUAUUGGUCAACAUCAUCGUGCUCUUGUUGUUGCACAAUUUGUCAAUAUUAUAGUCAUAACCUUUACUACGAAUAUUUCUGUUGUAUCUCUUCAAAACAAUGAGGGACUUCCGUUAUACACUCAGGUUCUUGGUUGGGUUAUAUUCAUUCUUUCAUUAGUGGUUGUUCCUGUUGCAUAUGCUAAGGACCCUUCUCCGGAUAUCAAGUUAAGAUUAUUGAUGAUCUAUCUUGCAUUUAUUCCUACGUUUAUUGUGCUUACCAUUUCAUUUGAAUUGCUUUUUUAUGUUGGAUACAAUUUGAUUCUUCUUCAAUGGUUAGAGAUUGAGAGAGUAGCUAAGAAUAGUAAGAGGAAAUGGGUCCAAGUGAUGAGAACUGCCAUUGUUGGGUUUUUCUUCCUUCAAUUUGCAUUCUUUGGAACAGGAAACGUUGCUCUGAUUUCGUCAUUUUCUCUUGAUGCUGUGUACCGCUUGAUUCCGAUCUUUGACCCCUUUGCAAUGGGUGCAUUAUUGAUGCUCAAGCUCAUGGUUCCAUAUGUGCUUUUGUCCGCAGCUUUAGGUAUUAUGAACCAUAACCUUGAUAUCGAUACUUUCACAGUGUCUACCCUUAUCAUCUCUACAUGUGAUGUCUUAACUGUGAACUUCUUCUUCCUUGUAAGAACGGAAGGGCUGUGGCUUGAUAUUGGUAUUAGUAUUUCGAAUUACUGUCUUGCCAUGCUUCUGUCUUUGUUCAUGCUUGUCUUGGAACUUGUUAGUUCCGUUGUUCUCCAUGGAGUCAGUUUGGACAACAAUAAAACAGAGGAUGCAAAGCAGACCACUACCAAAGAUCAACAAGGAGAAGAACACUCGGUAAUUUCAGCAAAAAAAGGGUCUACUGCCAAAUUACGUCGGAGAACCUCUAAAGACAAUUAA